AAGAUAGACUAUUUAACAGCCUGUCAUUUCUCCGAUCUUUCUGCUGACCAUAUUAGAUUAGGAUUUCCUGCACAAUGGGUCAACAGAGGCUACUAUGCUUCACAAAAUACCACAGACGAGGACCUAAUCGAGUUCGAGGCCGGAGUGAUCAUACUAGACCCGGUCAGUACUUGGAUUAAUGACGAAGUGGACAUCGCUAUCCUGCUCAAUGGUACUCAAGACUGGGCGUCAACCAUUUCCUUGGCUGCAAAUAAAUCGAUUUCGAAUAUCUCCAAAGUUCACCUUAACGGUACAUCAUCACGUGAGUUAUUUCCAAAUAGUGCAACAUCACUGGUAAUGACGAUUUCUACACUAAAAGAUAGCGCAGAUAUAAUAACCAUCAAUGUUUCCACCCACGAAAUAACCACAACAAACGAACCAGCCCUGAUGAUUGACACAAUCAGAGUCCACGAAAUAGGUGCGAAUUUUCUUUGCACCAACUUUACAGUGACAUACAAUCAUACUCCAGUUUCUUCAAUUCAGAAUUUAGCUAUUGUAACUUUACAUUACAUAAAUAUUGGCAAAGACGAGACUUCAAACAAUAUAAUGUUUGAGAUUGACAUCAAAAUCGAUACCAGUAAAGCGAAAUUAGGAGACACCCAUGUUGUAUCCGCAGUCCUUGGUGAAUCUGUGUCGGAGUACAACAUCUCAUUUAACAGUCCGGAAGUUUGGGGAGAUGAUAACGGGACCAUUAUGUCACAGCUUAAUGAAAUCUUCGACGGUAAUCAUACUACAUGUCUACACUUACCCGUGCAGGGAGCCGUUCCUCCGUUUCUGUGGAUGAGGAUUUAUACAUCAUGGCUUAAUAUUUCGUCUACAGAGUAUACUGUAACGGUUGUAGGCAUGCGAAUAUCAUGUGCACAGCAUGGGCAAAGGAUUCUACAGGUAUCCUUCCCAACGACAAAUUCAAAAGAAGGAUUUCACGGAGGCGUAACUUUCUGCAUAUUCAUUGUUGAAGAUGUCAUACCACAUGGCAAUUUAACGAAGUGUGUUUACAAAUGCCAAUGUAAAAAUAGCUCCGAAUGUCAAGAAAUGAUUUUAUUUAUGGCAAAGCAAGACGACAUUUUAGAGUGGAGUUUAUGUGAAUUAAGUGCUCGUAAGACACAUUAACCCGUUAACAUAUCAACAUUAAAGAGUGCAUAUCAAGAUACGUCGACCUCAAUCCCUUGUCUCAAAACUAGAGAUUAGAAUUUAACCACUUCUGUGGAGGGAUAUCGGCAAACGUCUCUCUCUCUCUCUCUCUCUCUCUCUCUCUCUCUCUC